CCUCUGGGGGCCUUUCCAUAACUGGGAGGGGGCUUUGGGAGGUCUCUGCGGGGUGUUGCUCAAUCAACAGUUCUAGGAAGUUUGCUGCGGGGACUUAAAUGGAUGAAAAGGGAUUUUUGCUCUAAGAAUCCGCUCUUGUUUGUGUGCCUCAUGCGACUGACCCGGUCUGCAGUGUACACAAUGUUGCAAACUCAUGCAGAAAAAGACCGCAUUGUCACCUCUCUCCCUCCACCUUUCAUACGCCAAGCGACUCCUUAUAAUCAGGAUGACUUUGACGAAGCUGUUAAGAAUGCAGCCAAUGCAAACUGUACACUUCAAGCUGGACUCAAGAUAUCGAAGAUGAUUGUGCUUGGAGAUGUUGCUACGGGCAAGACUUGUUUGGUUAACAGGCUGGUCGAGAUGAGCCCAAUUUUGGGAAUUCCCUUUAAUUUACAGAUAUGGGAUACCGCAGGUCAGGAGAGGUUUAAAUGCAUAGCUGCAUCCUAUUACAGAGGUGCUCAUGCUGUGAUGGUUGUGUUUGAUGUGACAAACGUUGUGACUCUGGCACACACGGCUCAGUGGCUUGAGGAGGCACGAGAGGCAAAUAUCAAUAGCUGUCCUUUGGUCUUUCUUGUGGGAACAAAACGAGAUCUUAUGAGCGAGGGAGCCUACAACCAGAUUGAAGCACAGGCUCGCCGUGUAGCCCAUGGUCUUGGGGCUGAGUAUUGGGCUGUGUCAUCUAAGACGGGAGAUAAUGUGGAAGCCCUGUUCAUGCGGCUGGCUGCGCUAACCUUCAACCGUGAUGUUUUGCAAGAGGUGAAAGGCUGUGACACUCGCAAAUCCUCUGGGACUGUCAAAAUUGGUGAACGGCUGGAUGAUACAUAUGAGACAGCUAAGAAGUCGAAGUGUGCUUCAGGGCACUGCAACAAGUGAUAAGAUAUGAAAUGGUAAUUAUUCUCACAAUGACUAUUUUGUCAUAUGAUAUGUAGUUUGUGAGAUGAUUUAUUCCAAAUGCUAAAUUGUCGUUUAGUAAAAAGGUUGCUGAUAAUUUUACAAAAUAUAUUACUAUCUAUUAUGUAACAUAUAUACAAACACAUACACGUAUAUUUUAUGCAUUUUGAGGUUGAAGUUAUUACUAGUAUAUCUGAAUAACAAGCUUCCUGAAGUAUGGUGCUGUCCAAUGAAUAACACAAUGAAAGAAGCACAACGUUUUUUACUUUCAUUUUUUGACUACUUCACUUCCCUAUGUGUUAAUGUAGCUGGCUCUUUGUAAAUCACAUCAAGUGACGGGUAUGGAAUCACCGAGCUAGUGCUACCUCAUGGGUAAUUUAUAGGUAUACUGGGAUGACUUGUUAUGGAAGGCUGGCCAGGGUUGUGUCUGAAAUUAACAGUUUGUAAGACCGGCUUUUCUUUAGAAGGCUAUGUGAUUUUUAAGUUUAAUUCUCUCUCUCUCUCUCUCUCUCUCUCUCUCUCUCUCUCUCUCUCU